UGACAGACAUCUCUUCAUCUAAUGAGAGAGUGAAUGUGUUUGCAUGAGCAGCAGUGAAGUUAAAGUGCUGGAGGUGACGAUCAUGAAGUUUAGAGGUGAGUGUUAUUGCCAGUAUUAAUUUAACAUGUAUUUUACAUGUAAUUUAACAUAUAUGCAGUGCAGUAGGCCUUCAGUCUAGUUAGUGGAAUGACAAAUCCCACUCCCUCCUGCAACAAAUUCCCUCCUUGGUUUUCAUGAAUUAUAAAGUGUUAAUGUUGUGGUUCUCUUAAAGCUUUGUGGAGCAAGGGUCAGUGAGUGUCUGUGUUGUACAGGAUACAGCUUCUGUCAGAUCAAGAUUUGCAUAAAGGCUUAAUGCAGUUCACAGGCCUCUUAUCAACACACAAAAGAGGAAGUGAGACUUAAGGGUUAGUAAGUAUGAUCUUAUGAAGUCCCGUCAAACUCAUUCAGUUAACUUAAAGAAAAAAGGAUCAUGGUUGCAUUUGUUCACUCCACAGAAACUCAGUAUCUGAGACAAUCCUGUCUGUGAAGAAAUAAAAGUUUAACGGCAUGUGAAAAUCACGCACAUCUUAAAGAAACACUUUGAAAAUGUGAAGUAUUUUGCAUGUUCUCGACUCUUUUCGGUUCCUCUUUCUUUCUUCAUUUGGCUAAUUCUCAUGCUCUGAAGGAUGCUGCUUUAUUUCAUUUAGUCCAUUUUAUGAUGUAUUUUCUUAUAUUACAAAAAGUAUUUUUUGAACAAUUUUAACCUGAAGCAGCAAGUGAGGGUAAAAUGUACUUGAAAAGAGGAAUAUAAAGAGUUCGUCUUCAAGAGAAAUCAUUUUAUGGUUGUACACCUCUGUUCUCACUGCAGCGUUUCAGUGCUGAAAAACGGUGUUGCUAUGGUGAUGUCAGUCAGAAUGGCUCCUCCUCUUCCUCUGAUCUUUCUGAUCAUGAUUCAUGGUGUUUCUAGUGCUGAUUGGGGUGUGAGUUACAGUCCUUCACACAUCUGUGCACUAAAGGACUCAUCAGUAAUAAUGAGCUGCACUUAUACAUACCCUACUGGAUAUCAGAUCAUGAGAGUGUUCUGGACCAAAGGCCCUAUACAACAGGGUGUAGAGCUUCUAGAUCUGUCUAACGACACUGAAUACAGUCAGAGGCUUCAGUAUCUGGGAGAUAAACAGCAGAACUGCACCAUCAGACUGAGUGUGACACUGAAGGAUUCACACGAGUACUAUUUCAGAUUCAUCACUGAUAAACCUGAUGGUAGAUGGACUGGUGUUCCAGGAGUGACUCUUACUGUCACAGAUCUUCAGGUGGAGUCUCCUGAGAGAGUGACAGAGGGAGAUUCAGUCCGUCUGACAUGUAAAAGCAGCUGCACUCUGACUGACAGAGCAACAUUCAUCUGGUACAGAAACUCACAGCCAUUAACUGAGAGAAGAGACAGAAACAAUGAACUCCUGCUGCAGUCAGUCAGAAGAGAGGAUGCAGGCAGAUAUAGCUGUGCUGUACACGGACACAAUCACAUCUCUCCUGCUGUUGAGCUCAAUGUCAUGUAUCCUCCAAAGACCGUCUCAGUGUCCAUCAGUUCAUCUGGUGAAAUAAUGGAGGGAGAUUCAGUGACUCUGAGCUGCAGCAGUGAUUCAAACCCUCCUGCUCUGAACUUCAGCUGGUUUAAAGGAGGAACGUUUGUAAGAUCUGGAAGAAUCUACAACAUCUCAAAGAUCAGCUCUGAUGACAGUGGAGAAUACAAGUGCAGAUCCAUCAAUGAACAUGGAGAGAAAUACUCUGAUAAUGUGACUUUAAACAUCAUGUACCCUCCCAGGAACGUUUCAGUGUUGAUAAACGGAUCUGGUGAAAUAGUGUCAGGAGAUUCAGUGACUCUGAUCUGCAGCAGUGAUUCAAACCCUCCUGCUCUGAACUUCAGCUGGUUUAAGGAGAAUGAAAGCUCAGCUGUUGGAUCUGGACAGAGUUUCAGUGCACUACAGAGUGGACGCUUCUACUGUCAGGCUCACAAUCAACAUGGAUCUCAGAGAUCAGACGCUGUAACUGUCAUUGUACAUGAAAGGAAGUUUCUUUAUGCAGUUGCUGGAUUCGCUGGAGGUUUAAUCUUCAUUUUCAUCAUUGUGUUCAUAAGGAAAAAACACAAAGCUGAUCACAUCCAACAAAAGCGGGAUGAUCUGUAUGUCAACGUAACAGGCAGAGUAUCAGCUCAUGAUGGGGUUCAGUCUGAAUCUGAUGCUGCAAAUCAAAACGACGCCCUGUACGCCUUAAUUACCCUCAGCAAUUUCACUGGCGAUCAGACUAAAGGAAAAGCUUCUGAUUCUGAAGAUACAGACGAGAUCCAGUAUGCGACUGUCUUGCAUCACAGAAACAAAGAGUUGAACAGACCGGAAGAGAACGAAAGCCAGUAUGGCAAUAUCAGGACAUACCAGAGUGAUGCUGCCAUGAGAUCUGCUGAUCAGAUCAUGGAGGAUCAAUCGGUGAUUUACAGCACAGUCAAAUGAUCAACAGAUUUCCAUGAUAACAACUCCCUCAUGUGGUUGGACUGUGGCUCUGCUGAUGCUGGAUUUUCAUUACUCCCAUUUAGCUUUAAUUAAGAGCUGCUUUGGCUUAUUGUUUUCUUUUCUCUCUCUCACAUGUGCACCGGUUGUCUGAUUGUGAUGUUUGUUGAAGUCCUAAAUUAUUCAUCUAGUUUGUACAAAAUCUAGAGAGCCUCCUUUCAAAGUGUUGUUUAAAGAAUUUUGGUCUGAUUAAUUAGAGGCCAAGCAAAGAAUGUGCGUAGGUACCUGUUGUAUCCGUUUGCAUUCUUCUUAUUAUUCUUCUUCCUUUUCUUUUUCUUCCGCUCUGGAAGUCUAUGGCAGCCCAUAGAACCGCUUGUGGGAAAGUUAUGAAAUUUGGCACACUGAUAAAGGACAGUCAUUAACCACAGCUAAUAUGGAAUCUCUAGCUUAAUCCCUCUAGCGCCACCACCUGUUCAAAGUUUCAUUCACGUUUAUGCUAAUAACUUUUGAACCAUAACGGCUAGAAAUGGCAUUUUGAAUUUUGUGAAAAAAAUAUUUUUUCGAACUCGUCCUAGGCGGUUUGUCAGAUUUUCACCAAAAUUGGCUCACAGUAUCUUUAGACCAUGCUGCCAAAUUGUUAUUAAAAGUUUUUCGAUCUCGUCCUGUUAUCGUGAAAUUUGCAAACAAAUUUUAUGUAGCGCUUGUGAAAAUAGAUGUGAGGCUAUAUCUCCACAACGCUUUAUCGCAUUUGGACCAAACUUGGAACAUGUCCUCACAAGCAUGAUCUGAGGCAAUGUGCAGUGUUUCGGUACAGCGCCACCUGCUGGUCCAGAGAUAUGAAAAAUCAUAAAAGUGGUCUCAUAAGAUUAGGAGCAACAUGCCGAGUCCAGUGAUAUCUAAUUUUUCUAUGUCGGCCAUUUUGGGCGUUGACCAUUUUGAAUUUUGCUGAAAAAUGCUGUAUUUCAUGAAAGCAUGAACAUAUCGUUACGAAAAUUGGUAUGGGUCAUCAGCACAAUGCCUGAAGACGUCUGUGAAGUUUUGGACCAGCACCAUCUAGUGGUGAAAAAAAAUUAUUUACAUGCAUGAAACGUGGUAUGCCAUUGUUACCAUACCCUGAAGGUACUCAAAAAAAUUAAAGACAGCACCACGUUGUGGUCAGAAGUUAUAAUGAAAUUUAAAAAAAAAAAAAAAAAAUGAUAAAAGCUUUUGAUUCAUAUUGUAUGGAGCCCCGCACAUGAUAUGCUGGAAAAAAAAAAUAGUAGGCUAAAUCGUGCGCACGAUUUACUAAUUUGUUCCCUCGAUUUACGAAUUGGUUCCCUCGAUUUACUAAAUCAUGCGCACAAUUUACUAUUUCAUUCCCUCGAUUUAUAAAUCAUGCGCAUUAUUUAUAAAUUGAGGGAACGAAAUAGUAAAUCGUGUGCACGAUUUAGCAAAUCAAGGGAACGAAUUAGUAAAUCAAUAUAACGAAUUAGUAAAUUGUGCGCACAAUUUACUUUUUUUUUUCUUGCAUGUCAUGUGUGGGACUCCGUAAUAUUGUCAUGAAACUGGUCUUAAUGGACUCUCUGGGUCACGCCGAGAACACAGAUACCAGUGUUGCCAUAGUUGGCCAAGCUUCCUGUCCGUCAUUUUGAUUUUCUUUAAAAACCUACUUUUUCAAACUCCUCCUAGACUGUUAGUCUGAUUUGUACCAAAUUCAUGUCAGAUCAUCUUCAGAACAGUCAAACAAAAAGUUAUGGAUUUCAUGUUGAUAGAUGAAACAGUUUUCAUAUACUGCAUCGACAAAUUCGAUGGAAUGAAGCCAAAAGACUCUGAGGCUAUAUCUCUGCAAUGCUUUGUCAUAUUGACACCUACUGUGACCACACCACAUCAGUUUGGACACAGCGCCACCUAUUUGUUGAAAGUGAUAACCAUUAAAUUAUAUUAUUAGUGAUUUAGUAUUAAUGCUUUUUCAGCCAUCUUGCCUACAAACAUCUUAAAAUGUCUUUAAUUGCUCAUUGUUGCAGUUGGUCUGACACAGCCAUGGUGGCAUGACUUAUCAUGCCUUCUUUGUGCUUGGGCCUUUAAUCGCUGCUUGCAGCUUUAUUUUUAACUGCAACUGUCUGUUGGAGAUAUCUUUUGGCGAUAAAAAGACAUCUAGAGACACUUCUGACAAAAACGUGCAAACAGAAAUUAUUUGUCAAAACCUUUUCUCUGAAAUUAUAAAAUUUUCAGCCAAAGCUCAUCUAUAUACUCUGUGAGCACAUUUAUCUUAAAGGGUCGUGAAACCCAAAAAUACAUUUUCUGAGAUUUCAAUAGUUAUGUGUGUUUAACAUCAUAGUUACUAUCUGUUAGUUUUAAUCAUAAGAGAAAAUGUGUUAAUUUUAAGCCUUUUGGUAAUUUGGUACUAUUUUCAUUCUCCAGGUUUAAAUUUGUCUUUGUGUCAGCGUCACAGGACGUGACGUUUUCUUAUACUAAAGUCUCAUGAACAAUUAUAAGACACUGAUAAGUUAUUGGUGUACUAUAUAUAGUAAAAAAGUUAUUAAAGAUGCAACAGCACGUUCAUAUGUAUUUUUGAUGGAGAGUACAAAUGUGAACGGCUGUGCAUUUAUUUGGGCAUUAAAUUAUAGCUAUCACAGGAUAUGUAUUUGUGUAAUUUACGGUGAGCUUACAAAACCAUGUAUGCUUAUUGUUUUGCGUAAUGGUAAAUUGCAGCAUGCAUUUGUGGGAAGCUUUGAGAGCUAAAUAAAACUGUCUGAAUCAGAA